AUGACUACCCUUAAAGUGAAUUUUAAAACAAAAGCAUUCCACGAAAAUCGCGGGAAAUUGGAACCGAGUUCAAUUUUUGGCGCCAAAUUAUUCGCACGUGACACAAACAAGAUGGCGGACGAGAUGGACGUGGAAUCAGCGACAACCAGCUCGAAAAGUUUUAAAGACGAGGCAAUGGAGAUCGAUGCACCACAAGUAGAGAAGGCAAAAAGUAAAGGAUCAUCUGGUGCAGGAAGCAGUACUGGGAAAAGCUCUAAAAGUUUCGAACUGCCGUGGGUGGAAAAAUACAGACCAACUAAACUUCACGAAAUAGUUGGAAAUGAAGAAACUGUUAGCCGCCUAGAGGUUUUUGCCGAACAAGGAAAUGUUCCAAACAUCAUCAUUGCAGGUCCUCCUGGUACAGGAAAAACUACAAGUAUUUUAUGUCUGGCAAGGGCACUUCUGGGAGCUUCAUUCAAAGAUGCCGUGCUUGAACUGAACGCAUCUAAUGACAGAGGAAUUGAUGUCGUGCGUAACAAGAUUAAGAUGUUUGCUCAGCAGAAAGUUACUUUACCGAAAGGCAGGCACAAAAUUAUAAUUUUGGAUGAAGCAGACAGCAUGACUGAUGGUGCACAGCAGGCUCUGAGAAGGACAAUGGAGAUCUACUCCAAAACUACACGCUUUGCUCUGGCUUGCAACACUUCUGAGAAAAUUAUUGAGGCGAUCCAAUCCAGAUGUGCUGUUUUACGAUAUUCAAGAUUAACCGAUGCUCAAGUCUUACACAGACUGUUAGAAGUUUGUGAAAAGGAGCAGGUCACCAAAACGGAUGAUGGAUUGGAAGCAAUUGUGUUCACCGCUCAGGGCGACAUGCGACAGGCGAUAAACAACCUGCAAUCUACGUUUUAUGGAUUUGGAUUUGUGAACAGUGAAAAUGUAUUCAAGGUUUGUGAUGAACCGCAUCCUCUGUUGAUUCGAGAGAUGAUCAAGUCAUGUUCAACAGGGGAUAUUGACGAGGCUUAUAAGGUUCUCUCACAUUUAUGGUACAUGGGAUAUGCUCCAGAGGACAUUAUAACCAACAUCUUCCGAGUGUGCAAGAACUAUCAAAUGUCAGAGUAUCUUAAACUGGAGUUUAUUAAGGAAAUUGGUUACGCGCACAUGAGAAUAGUGGAGGGUGUAAACAGCUUGCUACAGCUGUCAGGCUUACUGGCCCGGAUGUGCGGCAAAGUGACGUUGCAGGACAGCUGAAUGAACAUGCACACGGCGUAAGAAAUACUUAGAGGAAAAGAAAGACAGACUGAAAAACAGAAAACGACGCAAUAUAACAACAAUAAGGCGAUUGCUACGAGCAGGGAAGGGAUGAGAUUUAUGUAACAGCUCGCGGAAGUGUACAAAUGCAAUCUCAAUAGUUAACUCUACAGUACGUAGCUUGUUUAAAAAAAUUUAAAUUUGAGUGGUAUUAAAAGAAAAAUGCUUCUCAACUUCA